AUGCCUUGCUUUGUGGAGAGAAUUCUUCCAGGGCAGGAGGGAGAGGUGAGACAGAGCGCAGAGGGCGGUCUGCUGCCAGCUGAAAGGAGUUUAUGCACUGAAACGACCUCAGGAAAAUCCAAGAUGGCCGCCAAAAGGAAAGGUGGCCUAAAACUCAAUGCUAUCUGUGCCAAGCUGAGCCGCCAGGUGGUGUUCGACGUCAGCUCCCAGAAUGCAGAGGGAGACCAGAGUAUAGCAGAAAACAGUGAGCGUGGCAGUUCCCACUACGAUGACAAUGAGACCAACUUCCCUGAGAGCCUGAGCCUAAAUCAGAGCCUAGAGGAGGACCAGAAGAGACGCGAGGCCAUCGAGAAGUGGGUCAACGGGGAGUAUGGCGAUGAGCCACCAGCUCCCGUGGACGAACAGGAGCUUGAACUCAAAGUCAGCAAUGACGAAGACAGCCCUCCUGAGGGCGUGUACAUGGUACAGCCCAAAGGCUGCAGCGAUGACGAAGAGGAGGCUGAGCCCGCGGCGGGGUCUCUUGAUGGCAGUUUCCAUGACGACAAAGAACCUGAAGACAGGCCUUCAAAAGAUGACACCUAUAUACAGCCAAGAGAAGCCCAGAGUCGCCAAGCACCUUUCUCCUCUCCAGGAGAAGCAUCUGCCCUGCGAGACUAUGCAGCCAACACCAUGAAUGAAUUUUUGGGAAUGUUCGGUUAUGAUGACCAGCAGGUAAGGGAUGAGCUGACCAAGAAGAUCAGCUUUGAGAAGCUCAAAGCCGCUACCUCAGACCUCUCAUCCCUCAGCAGUGAGGAGGCUUCACGGCGUGCCCGCUUCUCCAAGUAUGAAGAAUACAUACGAAAGCUAAAAGCCGGUGAGGCCCUACCUUGGCCCAUGCAUGCUUCCCCACCCAAACCAGAGGACCUCAACUCAAAACUGGCCCAAGAAAAGAGCGCUACCAUGCUCCAGACCUCCGGGUGCCUCCCAGGGGCCGAGGCACAGAUCUACCCCAUAAGCCUGGACCACAAACAGCCAGGAGGACCUCAGCUGGGCAGCCCUCAGCCACCAAAUUCCUCUCACAUCCAAAACAUGGCGUCCAGAGCCUCCAAGUAUGACUUCUUUAUCCAGAAGCUGAAGAUGGGUGAGAGUCUACAGCAGCAGAACGGUAAUGCUUACAAACGACCUUCCAAGUACGACUUGGAGAACGUCAAAUUUCUGCACCUAUUCAAGCCCGGCGAGGGCAACCCUGACAUGGGUGGCGCAAUUGCUUUUAAGACUGGAAAAGUGGGCCGCCCUUCGAAGUAUGACAUCAGAACAAUUCAGAAGCUGAUGCCGGGAACUCCAGAAGCCUCACUGAUGCCCAAUGUCCUCGCUACAGCACCAGGGAACCCGGGAGCUCCUGGUGUCCCCACUGUAGGUGCAGCUGGGGCCAGCAUCGCCCCAGGGCUCACCAUGGACCAGACAGGACAAAUAAGCUUCAACGCCUCUGACUACCUAAAGUCCAGCUUUUCUAAGACUGACUCCAUCACCACAGGCACUGUGUCAUCCGUAAAGAAUGGCCUGCCACCAGAUAAACCCGCUAGCGACGACAUCAACCUCUACCAGAAAUAUAUUGCCAGGUUUUCUGGAAGUCAACACUGUGGGCAUGUGCACUGUGCGUACCAGUACAGAGAGCAUUACCACUGCAUGGACCCUGAGUGUAACUACCAGGUGAGCAGGUUUACCAGUAAGCAGGAUGUAAUCAGGCACUACAACAUGCACAAGAAGAGGGACAACUCUCUGCAGCAUGGCUUCAUGCGCUUCAGCCCUCUGGACGACUGCAGUGUCUACUAUCAUGGCUGUCACCUCAAUGGGAAAAGCACCCAUUACCACUGCAUGCAGGUGGGCUGCAGCAAGGUGUACACUAGCACCUCUGAUGUCAUGACCCAUGAAAACUUCCAUAAAAAGAAUGCCCAGCUGAUCAAUGAUGGCUUUCAGAGAUUUCGUGCCACUGAGGACUGUGGCACAGUAGGGUGUCAGUUCUACGGACAGAAGACUACACACUUCCACUGCAGGCGCCCAGGCUGCACAUUCACCUUCAAGAACAAGUGUGACAUUGAGAAGCACAAGAGCUACCACAUCAAGGAUGAUGCCUAUGCGAAAGAUGGCUUCAAGAAGUUCUACAAGUAUGAGGAGUGCAAGUAUGAAGGUUGUGUGUACAGCAAAGCCACCAACCACUUCCACUGCAUCCGUUCCGGCUGCGGCUUCACCUUUACCUCCACCAGCCAGAUGACCUCCCACAAGCGCAAACAUGAGCGCCGUCACAUCCGCUCCUCCGGCGUCAUGGGCCUCUCUUCCACCUUUAUGGUACCCAAGGAUGAGCCAGAUGAGUCGAGCAAUGAUGACCUGAUGGACUUCUCAGCCAUCAGCAGCAAGAACUCCAGCCUGAGUGCCUCGCCUACGACCCAGCAGUCCACCACUGUAUCACACCUGUUGGCCACACCCACCACUGCAGUCACCUCGUCUCCUUCAUCGGGCCACACUCUCAAAGCUGCAUCCUUGAUGCCGAGUGCGGGCCAGCGCAUGUCCAACCUGGUGUCCCAGGCCCUACCCAGCAACAUGCAGGUGGCCCUCGCUCUAUCCAACAGUGCGCUGGCCACCUCCAACCCAUUCUUCCCCCUUAUGCCCAGGCUGCCUCUUCAACCACCUCUGCCAGCCGCUAGCCUGAUUUCAGCUGUAUCAUCUGGGACCCACUCCAUGCCUACUGACUCACUGACCCAAGGGUGCUCCACAUUGGGGGCAGAUGGGGCAAUGGCAUCCACCCCGACCUCCUUCACUACCGCCUCCAUCAUGGAGAAGAUCUCUGCAAGCAAAGGUCUGAUAUCACCCAUGAUGGCCAGACUGGCAGCAGCUGCCCUGAAGCCCUCCCACAACCCAGACAUAGGGAAUGGGCAGCCUGCUUCAGCUAGCCAGUUCAAUCUGGUUCAAGUGAAGCAGGAGCCAGUGGACACCAAUUCCGGGGCCUCCCAAGACUCCACGCAGGAGCACAGCCUGGACCUGAGCAAAAAAGACCACAGUAAUGAAUCAAACGGACACGCUGUACCAGGGAAUACAUCUCUUUUAUCCUCGCUUAUGAAUAAGAUGACACAGGUGAACCAUACCCAGUUCAGUGCCAUGAACCUGAAGACAGAGCUGGAGAUGGGCCAGGGCAGCAGCUCCUCGGAGGCUGCACAGUAUCUGAACAGUGUGCUGAAGAGGCCUAUGGCAGAUAGACACACUGAGCUCUGGAGAAAGUACCUUCGCAGAUUUGACACAGAUGACUUCUGUGAGGCUCAUUGUGACUUCCUUCAGAAAGUUCACUUUCACUGCCUGGUAGAGGACUGUGGUGCGCUCUUCAGUACUGUGGAUGGAGCCAUCAAACAUGCCAACUUCCACCUCCGAGCCACCUUGAAAAUAAAGUCAGAGCCUCAGUUUGGUGAGGGCAAGGACUCUAGUGAGGGAGCCUCUCUGCAGCCUGCUGCCCCUGUCUCUAUUGCUAGCAAUCCCUCCAUGGAUGUUGCGCAUCUCACCUCCUCUGGUGGCUACAGCUCCCCUCCUCCCUCCCUGCUGGCCUGGAAGCAGCUGACCGGCAGCAUCCCUCAGAUGCCGGCUUCGAUGCCCAACCUGCCAGCCAACUCCCCUCUGGCCACCACCUCUCUGGAGAAUGCUAAGCCACAAGUCAAACCUGGUUUCCUGCAAUUCCAGGAAAAUUGUCAAUUAAACUAUUAUUUCCACUAUCGUACACCCAGUGAUCCCUGUUUGGCUACUGACUGCAAGUACUCAAACAAGUUCCACUUCCACUGCUUGUUUGGGAAUUGCAAGUAUGUAUGCAAGACGUCCGGCAAGGCCGAGUCCCACUGUUUGGACCACAUCAACCCUAGCAACAACCUGGUCAACAUCCGUGACCAGUUUUCCUACUACUCUCUCCAGUGUCUGUGUCCCAACCAGCAUUGUGAGUUCAGAAUGAGGGGCCACUAUCACUGUCUGCGGCCUGGCUGCUACUUUGUCACCAACAUCACCACCAAGCUGCCGUGGCACGUCAAGAAGCACGAGAAGGCAGAGCGACGCGCCGCCAAUGGCUUCAAGUAUUUCACCAAGAGGGAGGAAUGUGGGAGGCUGGGUUGUAAGUAUAACCAAGUCAACAGCCACUUCCACUGCAUCCGUGAAGGUUGCCAGUUCUCCUUCCUGCUGAAGCACCAGAUGACCUCACAUGCUCGCAAACACAUGAGGCGGAUGCUGGGGAAGAACUUUGACAGAGUUCCAUCUCAGGUGAUGCCAAUCGGUCAAAGGGGAGAUGACAUGCAUGGGAGCGGCACAAUAUCUGGGCACAUGACCCAGCAGGGAAUCAACUCCAGCUUUUCCUCCAGCCUCAUGGAUGAGACUGAUGAUUACAUGGACUACAUGGGAGGAGGCGGCAGCCCCCUGGGUCUCUCUUCUGAGUCCUCCAACCAGGACCGGAGCUGUACCAGCACACCUGUAGGCCCUGAUGGUUCCCCAGCAGGACAAGGCUACCCUGCCACCACUUCUGCUCCCACCACCCCUGCUGACACUAGCGCUAUCCAAAAUGCACCUUCUUCCUCCCCUCCUCCUCCCCUUCCUCUUCCGCCUCUCUCCGCUCCUCAUCCUGGCCUCCAGUCCCAGGCCCCAUCCAUGUCUCCUGCUCUCCUCCGACCUCCUCUCCCCUCACUCCCAUACCUCCUCUCUCCAUCCUGUCUGUCAUACUCUCUGCUCAGCGCCUCUCUGGGAGCCACUCGGAGUGUUGUCAUGCCAACCAACACACCAGCUUUCAGCCCCAUCAUUGCCACUCCGUCUCCGGUUAAAAAUGACGUCCCUAUAGUGCAGGAUGCUGCAGGAAACACCAUCUCCAUUCCCACAGCCACUGGUUCAAAGAAGCGCUUCUGGAUCAUCGAAGAUAUGUCACCAUACGGCAAGCGCCGCAAGACCGCAUCUUCCCGUAAGAUGCUCGACGAGGGGAUGAUGCUGGAAGGCUUCAGGCGCUAUGACCUGUAUGAGAAUUGCAAGGACACAGGCUGUCAGUUUUCUCUGAAGGUGACCCACUACCACUGCACCCGUGAAAACUGCGGCUACAAGUUCUGCGGCCGCACCCAUAUGUACAAGCACGCGCAACACCACGACCGUGUGGACAACCUGGUCUUGGAUGACUUCAAGCGCUUCAAAUCCUCCCUCAGCUGCAACUUCGCCGACUGCCAGUUUUCAGGCAACAGCACCCACUUCCACUGCCUGCGCUGCGGCUUCCGCUGCACCGACAGCACCAAGGUGACGGCCCAUCGCAAGCACCACGGCAAGCAAGACGUGAUCAGCGCCGCCGGCUUCUGCCAGUUCAGCUCCAGUGUCGAUUGUGAGGUUCCCGACUGUAAAUACAAGCUCAAGUGCUCCCACUUCCACUGCACCUUCCCCGAGUGUAAGCACACGGUGGUCGGCAUGUCCCAGAUGGAUUCCCACAAGAGGAAACAUGAGAAGCAGGAGCGCGGCGAGCUGCCAUCUGUGUCACCCAAACAGGAAGGGAUGCACCACCUGGGAGGAGGUGUGUCUGCAGUCCCUCCAGUCUCUAUGGGCCUCUCCACAUCCACACCCACAUCUGGAGGCCUCCACGGGUUGUCCCACACCAUCAACAGCAGUGCUCGCUCCCUGCUCUACUCAACAGGCAGCAUGCAGGCCGAGUACAACCACCCGUACCCACCCUCCUCCAUCAGCCUUGAUAGCUCCCUCAACCUGGGCACCGACACCAGCAGCUCCCUGUUCUUCCUGAAGAAUGCAGUUGGUCUGGGUCUCAGCGACUCUCUGGACCUCAGCAAGAAGAUGCAUCCGGACGCAGGGCGAGCCAGCCUCACCCCCUCAACCCCGCUGGGUCUGCCGGCAGCUCAGGACGAAACCACGGGAACAUCCGGUGAGGCUGAGGAGGACCUGUCGCCUGAGGAAGAGGCACAUGCAGAGGAGGAGGAUGAAGAGGAGGAGGACGAGGAGGAUAUUAACACUGACUCAAAUGAUGAUUCGAUGGCAGAGGCAGAUGCUGAAAAGAACAAUUGUGAGAGUUUUGAUGCUUCCGUUAACCACACUGAUUCUUCCCAACUGGAAAAGCAUGACGCUGACCCGUGAAAAAAAGAAAAACUAAGAGUGACUGUAGGAACUGAAGAGGAAGCCUGUGUACUAUGAACAAACAACAAUGAAAGUGGCCUCAUUUAUCAUGUUUAGAGACUACACAUGACAACAAAAAAACAACUGUGUGGAGAAAAUGACGGCCCAAAAUGAUUUAUUAUGAUGUUUACAAGAUGACCAACAUUAUUAAUUCAAUUAUGCAUUAAAAAAAUAUGAACGGAGACACACAGAAUUAGGCCCUGUGUAAUACACAGAGCAGCAAUGUAAAGCAUUUUACUACACAUCAGUCUUUUUGUGUGCGUGCAUGUUUGACUUUAAUUUAUUUUUAUUUUUUCACUUUUUGUGUGUGGAUAAAAAAAGUUAGAAAAAAAAACAAAUCUCUCUAUAUAACUAUAUAUGUAGGUGUGCGUGUGUGUGUGUGUGUGUGUGCGCGUGUGUAUGAACGAUGAUAUACAAAAGGAAAUUGCUGGCACAGGUGACAUGAACUGUGAGGCCGUGUACACGAAGAAAAAAGGGACGUGAAUCACUAAUGAGGAAAAGGAUGUGAUGAACCAUUUGAUCUUCUUUUCUGUAUUAAUAUUAAUUAUUAUUAUUAUUAUUAUUAUUAUUAUUAUUAUUAUUAUUAUUAUUAGACACUGAGAGAGAAAGGGAGUUACAUUUUGCUUGUUUCCGCCUCUCUCAGGUGUUUUUUUUUCGUUCUCAAUAACGUGGAACUGACCAGUAAACGUUUGGUCGAUCUCAGCUGCAGUCUCUACAGUUCUCUCUCCGACAUUCUGCUAGAAACGCUCCACUAGCACCAAAACCAAGCUCAGCCCCUGUAAUUAAACCCCGCCCCCUGCGGAGGAAUCAAGUUUGUGUGUGGAUAGUGCACUUUUCUAUUAGCUGACCAUGAUGAUUACCAUGAUGAUAGAUAACUCAUAAGCAUAUUUAAAAAUAUUUUUGUUACCAUUUGUAUCUUUGCUUUAUGAUGUUGUUUUGUUGUGUUGUUAGUCAGAAGCAUAUCGAUCUGUAAGCCGCUGAGGUAUAACGACC